AUGUACGCGCUUUUGCUUGCGAUCGUUCUCGAAGAGAGAGCUGACCAUUCACCAUCCGGCAGGUGCGGCAUCUUCGCCUAUGCCUCGUUUCUCUGCGAGCGUGACCGCCGCUUCGUCCUCGAGACGCUCCUGAACGGUCUCCAACGCAUGGAGUACCGCGGCUACGACUCUGCCGGCCUCGAAAUCGAAGGCGACGACCCGAACGAGCCGUACAUCUUUAAGGAGGUCGGAAAGGUCUCGAUGCUCAAGGAGAAGUGCAUGACGGCGCCGAUCGACAUGGACAAGAGCUAUGUUAGCCAGACUAGCAUUGCGCACACGAGGUGGGCGACGCACGGUGUUCCUUCGACCACCAACUGCCACCCUCACAUGUCGGACCCCACGAAGGAGUUCACGGUUGUCCACAACGGCAUCAUCACCAACUACAAAGAGCUCCGCCUCGUCCUCGAGAAGCGUGGCUUCAAGUUCCAGACCGACACCGACACCGAGGUCGCCGCCGUCCUCGCCAAGUACCUCUACGACUCGCAGAAGGGAAAGCAGAUCAGCUUCACUGCACUCAUCAAGAGUGUCAUCAUGGAGCUUGAGGGAGCUUUCGCCUUCGUCUUCAAGUCGAUCCACUACCCCGACGAGGUCGUCGUCGCCCGCCGCGGUUCGCCCGUCCUCAUCGGCGUCAAGACGGAGAAGAAGCUCAAGGUCGACUUUGUCGACGUCGAGUUCGCCGGCGCAGCGGACGCAGACAAGGCGCUCGAAGAGUCGGCCGCGCCCGGCGCCGCCAACGGUCUCCUCGGCGUUCCCGGCCCGGCCAACCCUCAAGGCGGCAAGCUCGUCCGCUCGCAGUCCCGCGCCUUCCUCUCCGACGACGGCAUGCCCCAGCCCAUCGAGUUCUUCAUCGCCUCGGACGCCUCGGCCAUCGUCGAGCACACCAAGCGCGUCCUCUACCUCGAAGACGACGACAUCGCCCACAUCGCCGAGGGAGAGUUCCACAUCCACCGGUUGCGCAAGAACGACGGUACUGUUUCGACGAUCCGGGCGAUUGAGACGUUGGAGAUUGAGUUGGCGGCCAUCAUGAAGGGAAGCUUUGACCAUUUUAUGCAGAAAGAGAUCUACGAACAGCCCGAGUCGGUCGUCAACACGAUGCGCGGCCGCGUCAACUUCGACACCCACACCAUCACCCUCGGCGGUCUCAAGGCCUACCUCCACGUCAUCCGCCGCUGCCGCCGCCUCGUCUUUGUCGCCUGCGGAACCUCGUACCACUCGUGCCUCGCGACCCGCUCGAUUUUCGAAGAGUUGACCGAGAUCCCCGUCAGCGUCGAGCUCGCGAGCGACUUCCUCGACCGCAAGACGCCCAUCUUCCGCGACGACGUGUGCAUCUUUGUGAGCCAGUCGGGCGAGACGGCCGACACGAUCCUCGCGAUGCGGUACUGCCUCGAGCGCGGCGCGCUCAACGUCGGCGUCGUCAACGUCGUCGGGUCGACCAUCUCGCGCGAGUCGCACUGCGGCAUCCACGUCAACGCCGGGCCCGAGAUCGGCGUCGCGUCGACGAAAGCGUACACGUCGCAGUACAUCGCGCUCGUCAUGAUGGCGAUCCAGCUCAGCGAGGACCGCCUCUCGAUGACGGCGCGCCGCAACUCGAUCAUCGACGGCCUGCACGAGCUCCCCGGCCAAAUCCGCGCCAUCCUCCAGCACGACAGCGAGUUCCAGGCGAUCGCGCCCAUGCUCGCCAAGCAGACGUCGCUCCUCAUCAUGGGCCGCGGGUACCAGCACGCGACCUGCCUCGAGGCGGCCCUCAAGAUCAAGGAAUUGAGCUAUCUGCACAGUGAGGGCAUCUUGGCGGGCGAGCUGAAGCACGGCCCGCUGGCGCUCAUCGACGAGAGCAUGCCCGUGAUCCUGGUCAUGACGCAGGACUCGAUCUACCCGAAGGUGCGGUCGGCGCUGGAGCAAGUGACGGCCCGCAAGGGCGCGCCGAUCAUCAUCGCGAACGACACGGACCCGUCGUUCGACGACGGCAGGCACCGCGUGAUCCGCGUCCCGCGCACGGUCGACUGCCUCCAGGGCAUCCUCAACAUCAUCCCGCUCCAGCUCCUCUCGUACCACGUCGCGAUCGCGCGCGGGUGCAACGUCGACAUGCCCCGCAACCUCGCCAAGUCCGUCACCGUCGAGUAG